AUGGGAAACAAAGUCGCUUCUGAAGGAGAAGAUAUGGCUGAUAGUCCAAAGGCAGGUGUUGGCGAGAUUGUGCCUAGCAAGAAGAAACAUAGAUCAUUUAGACGAAGAUUAGCAGAUAAAUUUCGGAAGUCUAAGCACAAGAAAGAGUAUCAAGAAGAUAAGGAACAAAUUAUUCUGCAAAAGAAUUCUUCGCAGCCUCAACCUAAAACACUGAAUACUAGGAAGAAUUAUUAUAAAAAUCUUGGUAUUUCUCAAUUAUCUAAUGGAGACCGAGUUAAUUACAGUCCUUAUCACAGAGCAAUAACAAGUGCAGUUUCUGAGCUAAGUCCAAGAGCUCAUACUAGAACGGGGAAGGAGCAUGUCACUUCAUACUCUCACAUAGCCUUGGCUAAAGCAAAGAGCAGAGCAGAGAACGAUCGGAAAAAGGUAUCUUGUGACUCCCCUUCUAAGGGAGGAUUCUCAGACUUCCUCCCAGACAAGGAAGAAACUAAAAUAUCUAUACCUUCAAAAUUAGACUAUCGAGAAAAUGAUGUCGAAGAAUUGAAAAAUGGUAGGAAUACUACCCCUGAUUCACGAAAGAGCCUCGAGGAUCUUCUUGAUAAAGAUAAAGAUGAUUCCACCACGGCUGAUACCUUCAGCAUCAAUGAUACAGAUAAGGAAGAGCAGGAUUUUAAGCUUGAUUUCCUUAUCAAAAAUCAGGAAAGAUCAGGAGAUACUAUGAGGAGAAAAUUUCUAUCCAAACUUACACAGGAAAAAGUUUGGCUAACCCCUUCUGAGAAACCUAAGACUCAUCAGACAUGCAUUAUAUAUGACUGGGACGACACGCUGCUUUGCACAACAUUCUUGAAUCCAACAAAUUGAGGGAAUUUUGAAUUACCUCUGAACGUGAAAGUUCACCUGAAGAAGCUUGAAAAAGCCUGAAUUAACAUUCUCACAGAAUCUCUAAAUUAUGGAGAUGUUUACAUCAUCACAAAUGCAGCAGAUGGAUGGGUGGAGUUCUCGGCAAGGAAAUAUUUACCGAAUUUAACUCCAAUUUUAGAGAAAAUUACUAUUAUGAGUGCAAGAGCUAUCUGAGAAACAGAAUAUCCUACCGAUAUUCACCAGUGGAAGAUGAAGGCUUUCUUGAAGACUCAGGAGAAAAUGGAAAAAGGAGCCAUCACUAAUCUUGUCGCACUUGGAGAUUCUCAAUUCGAAAUGGACGCUGUAAAGAACCUGGGUUCAAAAUUUUCAAGAGCUUUAAUAAAAACUGUAAAAUUCAGGGAAGCUCCAACACCUGAUGAAUUAGUUAAGCAAAUUAACUUAAUUGUUUUAAAGCUAGACCAAAUCUGAACUGCAGGCAAAAAUCUCACUAUCAAGCUUGAGAGAAAAGAGAAGACAGGCUAAACACAAUUCCCUCUUUGGUGAAUAGAUCCAAUAAUAAAAUUUUAUUUUAUGGCUUUUGU